AUGAACGGUAUAUCGUUACUAUAUCCAGCCUGUAUUCCUGGUAAUUCAUCUGUUAAACUGAUUGAUGAUGAUGAGACUGCUUCCGUGUCAUCGGGAGUGUCUCCAGCACCUUCAGCACAAGAUUCCAAAUCUCCUACGGACAGCCAUGUUAAACGCCCAAUGAACGCAUUUAUGGUAUGGAGUCGUGGGCAAAGGCGUAAAAUGGCUCAGGAUAACCCCAAAAUGCACAAUUCGGAAAUCAGCAAGCGUCUUGGAGCAGAGUGGAAACAGUUAUCUGACAAAGACAAACGUCCAUUCAUUGAUGAAGCAAAAAGGUUGCGCUCUAUUCAUAUGAAGGAACAUCCCGACUACAAAUACCGCCCACGACGUAAGCCAAAAUCAGCUGUGAAGACUUCAAAUCGCUUGCCGCUCGGAAUCACAUUGCCUCCUUAUUACUCGUCAUUCUUCCCGAACAGUAUGCUGUCUUCGUCCUAUUCUCCCUAUAACUCGAGUUUGUGUAUGUCACCAGACAAACUUCAAAACCUUCAUCCAAGCUUGGGACUCAACGGACAAAGCAACAUUGUUUUCUAUUGGGCAAUGCAUAUAUCGAUAAUGCAAAGAUGCAGUCAAGCAACUUUCGAAGUCCAAACAAUAAUUCACAUAUUGGUCCGUACGAGGCUGCUCACUACCGAGGAGCAUGCAGUGAAGCUGACCAAAUGCCGAAGCAUUAUCAUCUAUUACAAAAAAUGCUAG